UACUCACCAGGUGCGCCCAGGCACCUGCACGUUUGCUGAUGUAGUACAGCAGAUCCUGAAGGAGCAAGGUGGGUUGCUGUAGGAGACGCUGCCAUGGCAUUCGAUCCUCUCUCGUCGCAAGGUAUGAUCACGGCGAUGAGAGUGGGUUGUGCUGUAGGCACUGCCAUCGCACAGGAGAUUUUGGCACCUGGGUCAAAGGAUUUAACCUCUGGGAUACGGGAAAUCUACUCUCAAGUUUGGUCCAAAUACGUCAAGGAAAAGCGGUACUUUUACAGUCAGGGAAAGAGGUUUAAUGGAGAAUUCUGGAGAGCAAGAGAGUAAGGUGCUCGAUUGAACAUCGUUGCGCCGACGUGCGUGAGAGGUGUAUGAUAGGCGGAGUAUAGGUUCAUGUAUGUUAUAAUCAUGUUUAGU